AUGGCCUUAUUUUUGAACAAGCUAGCUUCUCUGGUGCCUGGUCUCCAUGCUGUCGACGUUGACGUCCCUCUCGAGAUUUUGCGCAAGGAUGAGCACAAGCUUGAACAGGUUGGUUUGGGUAGAGAGUUCCAUAUAAGUCUGGGAACAACUGUACCAAUCCGAGUGCACCAGGUUGACUCCCUGGUCACAAUGCUUUGGCAGAAGCUUCAGAUUCAGAGGCGGUAUUGGUAUUGGAUUGAUUUUAGCAAGUGGGAUGUUUCUGUUAACAAUGAUCGCUGCUGGAUAACAAAGCAGAUUCAAGCUAUCAAUGAGGUGUAUAAGCUUCACAAUCUUCCUGAAUUUUACAAGGAUCCAGGCCCUCAUAACUCGGAAAAACAGAGGCCUAAAGUCCAUCAUUAUCAAGGAACAUAUUGA